AUGUAAGAUGAAUUUGAUAUCGAAGUUAAUUUUGAAUAAAAUAGUUCAAUGACAUUUGAAAUAGGACACAAUAGUGUAAGAUUUCCAAAGGCAGGAAUAAAGAUUAAUAAUGAGGGAUUAACAUCCACCAAUGGAGAAUAAAUACAAACAACUAAGGAUGCCAUAACACAUUUGCAAAUAAAAAUUGGGGAUGUCAUUGGUUAAGGAGUGUCAAGCUAUGUUUGCAGAGGACUCUAUAUACCAUAUAAUUGCCAAGUAGCAUUAAAAAUAAUCAACGUUUUUGACAAGGAUAAACGACAUUAGAUGCUGAAUGAUCUUAGUACAUUGUUAAAUGGUAUAGAAUGCGAACAGUUGAUAAAAUUUUAUGGCGCCUAUUACGAGGAAGGAACUAUACGAUUAGUGCUAGAAUACAUGGAUUAGGGAUCUUUGAGGAGCAUAAUUCAAUAGAUAUAUAAAAAUAACUUAGUUGAAUUGAUAAACGAACAAAUAAUAGCAACAAUUACUUACAAUAUUCUCCUAGGGUUAUAAUACCUACACUAAUAAAAACAUCAACUUCACAGAGAUAUUAAACCCGAAAACAUUCUCAUCAAUAGUUAAGGAUAAAUCAAACUGACAGAUUUUGGAAUAAGCAAGCAGCUGGAAAAUACGAUUGCAAUAGCGAGGACAUUUGUUGGCACUCUAAUGUACAUGUCUCCAGAGAGGACUGAAGGAAAGAAUUACUCUUAUGCUUCAGAUAUAUGGUCAUUGGGCUUGAUAAUAUAUGAAUUGGCCACAGGGAAACAUCCUUAUGCAUUUUAAAACAAAUAAAUGACUUACAUACAGAUGAUUCAGAAUAUUCUGAAAUCGGAUUCUCCAAAAUUGGACAACCAUGCCUACAGUAUAGAGAUGAAAGACUUUUUGAAUAUCUGUCUUAAUAAAGAUCAGAACAAACGUUUGGAUGCGUAGACGUUGUUAUAACACAAUUGGAUUGUGAAGAAUGCAUAGAAUUAGCAAUAUAUUCAAUAAUGGAUUUUAUUGAAGGAUCAAAAAGUACAACAACAAUUUUAAUAAUAAUGA